AUGAGCACUCCCGCCAACCAACCCAAUGCAAUGGCGGGACCUAGCUCCAGCGGGUUUGCCGGCACUUCUUUCAGUAUCCCACCUCCCAGCACACCCCUCCCGCGACCCGUCUUUGCGACAUCUCCCAACACGCACAACGGGUUAUUCGCGAGCCCGAACGUGCAGAAUCAAGCGGCCGCGUGGAAUGCGAUAGCAUCGCAGAUGAGCGCGACGCAGAACCCGACCUCCAACGCAAACUUGAACGGUCGCGCAAGCGGAGAGCCUGCCGUACAGGUGAAGACCGACUCGGAUGGUGAGGAUGAACUGGACGAGUCGGACGACGGGAACGUCUCGGAGUCGUCCGACUCAUUCAGAGUACGGGAUGGCGUACCCCCACCACGGCAAAUGUCAUACACCACCAAAGAGCUGCACGCCAGUAUACAUCAGGGUGAUAUUGACCUUGAGCCUCCCUAUCAAAGAGACGUCGUAUGGCCGAACGCAAAACAGGUCAAACUCAUCGACUCCCUAUUUCGAAAUUUCUACAUUCCUCCGAUUGUGUUUGCGCAGAGCGAAGAUGAGGAUGGGAAUAUUACGAAAGUUUGUGUCGACGGAAAGCAGCGCCUGACGUCCAUACAGAAGUUCAUGGACGGACAUAACAUAACCUCUACAGACCGAGAUAUUGUAACAAAGAAGAAUUGGUGGUACACAUGCCUCGGACUCGGACAAUCCACCGCGAAAUCUCAACAGCUCGAAAUCCCCAUGAAGUACAAGCAAAUGUUUGACAACAUCAAGAUCCAAUGCAUUGAAUAUCAAGUGCUCGGACAGGAGAUGGAACGAGAAAUCUUCCAGCGUGUCCAGUUGGGUGUCGCCCUCACGGCUGCUGAGAAACUCCAAGCUAUAUCCUCACCAUGGGGCGCCUGGAUUUCAUCUCUCGAGUCGAAGCAUGUUCACAUCGAGAACGGGCUUCGCGAUCUGUUUCAAUGGGACGUCGCCCGAGGCCGUGACUUCCAAAACAUCACGCACCUCGUCUACUGUUGCGACAAACUCGAGAACGAGGAUCGACAGGAGUUACCGACCGCUUCGAAGAUUGAUGUAUGGCUGCGUCGUACGGAUGAACCAGAUCCAAGGUUCCAGAAGCGCAUAAAUGACGUCCUUGAUUUCAUGACGUACUUGGCAGGAAGGGACGCGAGGAGAGAUGGGUUGGUGAACGGGUUCGUGGCGGUGGGCAAGAGGGUUGCUCCUGUGGAGUUUGUGUUCAUUGGUGUCUUACUCUUCGUUAUGGCCCAUGCUUCGAAAGAUGAACGUGCACGGGCUGUUCUCGACCUCCGAAAAAAUGUGCGCAGCAAACACAAAGACGUUCGCAUGAACACCAUUUGUGCGAAGACCAUCUGGACCUUCAUUACGAACAUCCAAGAAGGCCUAUCCUCUGCGGAAGACUCCCAGACGCCCUCUCCGAGAUCAGGUUCGAAACGGGGGAAGGGGAAGGGGAAAGCUGCCAAUGGCAACGGGAAUAGGUCGCUGAAGCGGGGGAGGGAGAGCGAAGAUGAUUUUGACGAAGCAGAUGCAGACAGGGAGGAAGAUCCGUCGUACAAACCCGUUUCAAGAACCUCUCGAGGACGGAAAGUGAAUAAGCCUCGGAAAAACGCGACUCACACACCGUCGAUAACGAUGUCUUCAACCACCUCGUCCGAGUCGACUCCCAAACUUUUCCAGCCUAUCAAAGUUGGGCGCAUGAGCCUGAGCCACCGCGUCGCCCUUGCUCCACUCACGCGCAACCGUGUCGACGCUGAUCACGUCCCUAUCCUCCCCAUUGUCAGCGAUUACUACACCCAGCGCGCAAGCGAGCCGGGGACGUUCUUGGUGACGGAGGCAACAGUCAUCGCACCCAAAGCCGGGGGCUAUAACCACGUACCAGGGAUCUGGUCCGACGAGCAGAUCGCUAACUGGAAGAAGAUCACCGAGUCUGUACAUGCACGUGGCUCGUACAUCUACGUCCAGCUUUGGGCGCUGGGUCGCGCAGCCUCCGUAGACUUCAUGACCGCCAAGGGCUUCGAGUACGUCGCGCCUUCUCCCAUCAAGAUUUCCUAUGUCCCCGCCACACCCCGUGAGCUCACCAUCGCCGAGAUCCACGAGUACAUCGCCCUCUUCGCCGAAGCUGCCAGGAAAGCCGUGCACCUUGCUGGGUUUGACGGGAUCGAGGUCCACGCAGCCAAUGGAUACCUCGUCGAUGAGUUCUUCCAGGACGUGUCGAACCAACGUACAGAUCAAUAUGGAGGAAGCCCCGAGAACCGCGCGAGGUUUGGGGUGGAGGUGUUGGAGGCAAUCGCGAAGGAGAUUGGGGCGGACAGGACAGCCAUUCGGAUUAGCCCGUGGAGCAAAUACCAGGACAUGAGGAUGGCCGAUCCCAAACCCACCUUCGCGCAUCUAGUGGAGGAAAUCAAGAAGCGUCUCCCCGACCUGGCGUACAUUCACGUCACCGAGCCGCGCGUUGCCAACGAACAGCGCGAGGAAGAAGGGGUUGUCCCAGACGAAGAGGAGAACGACUUCCUCCGCAAGAUUUGGGCGCCGAAGCCGUUCAUCAGCGCAGGAGGGUACACAAGGGACGUGGCCCUCAAAGGCGCGGAGGAGAAGGGGGAUAUCAUCGCCGUGGGCAGGCAUUUCCUGGCCAACCCGGAUCUGCCGAGGAGGUGGAGAGAGGAUUUGCCAUUGAAUAAGUACGAUAGGGCGACGUUCUACAGUGCGGGCGACGCAUCUGGGAAGGGGUAUUCAGAUUAUCCGUUUCUGGAUGGGACGACGUUGAUUCCCCCCUUGCACGAGGCUCCGGUCAGGCAAGACACAAGUGGCUCCGGCCCUCACCCCGUCGAUGUUUCUGGCGGUGUUGCCAUCAAGUCGCAGGCAUGA